AUGCGUCUCGCCUUGAUCAAACGUCAUUCGUCUGCAUUCGUCAAUCGAAAAGUCAAAGUCAGCUGUCAGUUGGAUGCAUUUAAAAUUAACCAUAGUUUCAUCAUUUUUAAUAAAUUAUAAAAUUUAAAUUAUUCCACUUGUAUAAUUGACAAUCUUUGAAUUUUAUAAUUACAAAAAAGCUAUAUUUUCCCGUGACAUCAGGGCGUGGAAAAAAUUUGAUAUUAGCACGAUGAUACCAAUGACAUAUAAAGAGAUGGAACCAAUAACACGUCCGAAUACUUUGUGCUGCUUCAAUCUUUAUAGACUUGCUAAAUGUGUCUCACUGCAUGGUAUUAUUUCAACUUUAUUGUUACCAUUAACGGUACAAGUAAUUGGUCGUCAAUAUGGUGUGUUGAUAUACCCGAACGAAAGAUUUCACUCCGCAAAAUUCCCUAAUUACGCAGAAAUGAUGACUUUCACAGAUGUGCCUACCGCAGUUGAAGCUAUUCCGAUAAGCCUGCUCGUCCUUAUGCAUUUAUUAGGUUUUAUUAGUGUGCUUAAGAAAUCGGGUGAUGACAUACUAAUUUAUUUUUUUGCCCGUAUGGCCGAGAUGGUCUUCAUUUUUUUUUGGGCGGUUAGUGUUGCUGAAGACAGUAUCAAGUCUCAUGUGAUGUCACAAUUUUGGUUGAGAUGGUGUUGCGUCUUUUCUCUCUGUAUGUCAUCGAAUUCUUCUCUAUGGUUGUAUUACUUGCAAUGGUACAAGAAUCAUACAAAAACAAGCUUCAAUAAGUGUCUGGAGUUACCAAGGAUCAUGCUUAUUUAGCGAUCAUCGUUUACAACAAAAAAACAUUUAAACGCAACAAAAAUAAAAAUAUAUUUAUAUUAAAAAUUAUCAAAAGUAUAUAUGGUAUUUUAUAAUGACAAUAUUAAUAUAAUUAUUAUUGUAAUUAACAAUUUUUCAAGCAACAGGGAAAAUAAUUUGGUUCGUAUGUCUCACAUGUCAGUAUGUCAAUCUGACAGUCAGCUGAGUGUAUGUAAACAAUAUGUAAAAUUUGCUGUAGAUACCUAAUUCCGGUUGUAUAAUUAUCAGCUAGGCUUUGAGUUUUUUUUUUUUUUUUUUUUUUUGUUUUUACUAUUAAAACUCAGCCGUUUAGUUCAAAUAUGUUGUUUUUUUCUGUUAGCUAUCAGUAUGAUCUCUGCAAUCGUAGUACUUGAUGAUAAAGCAAUCAUCAUUCAUAACAAAAACAUUUAAAUGCAAAGAAAUAAAAUAAAAAUAU